AGCGCCAGCACGACCGCUACGCUUGAAUCCCGCGACUGACCCACUGACCGUCUUUGGUUGAGCUUGAGCCGCUUUACCGGUGGUGGUUAAUCGGUUUCCUCUCCAGUUCGGUGCCGAAGCUCCGGGGCUGCCCAUGAACGGCACCAUGGCCGCGUCCUCACACCGGAUAAUGCUGGGCCCGCUGGUCGCUGCCAUAGACCAGGGAACGAGCUCCACCAGGUUUUUGGUGUUUAAUUCCAAAACAGCAGAGCUCCUCAGCCACCAUCAGGUGGAGAUCAAGCAGAGCUUCCCAAAAGAAGGCUGGGUGGAGGAGGACCCCAAAGAGAUCCUGCAGUCUGUGUACGAGUGCAUGGAGCGGACGUGCGAGAAGCUCACCCAGCUCAACAUCGACAUCUCAAACAUUAAAGCUAUCGGAGUGACCAACCAAAGAGAGACCACACUGGUUUGGGAUAAGGAGACCGGGGAGCCGCUCUACAAUGCUAUCGUGUGGCUCGACCUGCGGACUCAGUCGACAGUCGAACGUCUUAUUAACAAAACUCCAGGAAGGAAUAAGAACCACCUGAAGCAUAAAACAGGACUCCCGAUCAGCACUUACUUCAGCGCAGUGAAACUCCGCUGGCUGAUGGACAACGUAGACGAUGUCCGGGAAGCCGUCGUGUGUCACCGCGCCAUGUUCGGCACCGUGGACUCCUGGCUCAUCUGGUGUUUGACAGGAGGGAAGAAAGGCGGCGUCCACUGCACAGAUGUGACCAACGCCAGCAGAACCAUGCUGUUUAACAUUCACACCAUGGACUGGGACCCAGAACUUUGCAAAUAUUUUGGUAUUCCCAUGGAGAUCUUGCCCAGAGUGAGAAGCUCCUCCGAAAUAUAUGGUCUCAUGAAAAUAUGUUCUAGCCGGAAAUCCGGAGCUCUCUCAGGUAUCCCCAUUUCAGGGUGUCUCGGGGAUCAGUCAGCAGCGCUGGUUGGACAGAUGUGUUUUCAGGACGGACAGGCGAAAAACACGUACGGAACCGGCUGCUUCCUGCUGCGAAACACUGGACCGAAGCCUGUGAUGUCAGAUCACGGCCUGCUGACCACUGUGGCGUACAAACUCGGCCGGGACAAACCUGCCUGUUACGCACUAGAGGGCUCUGUGGCCAUCGCGGGAGCUGUGGUCCGUUGGCUGCAGGACAACCUCGGGAUCAUCGGAUCGUCAGAAGAGCUCGAGAAGCUGGCCGCAUCAGUCGGAACAUCCUACGGUUGUUACUUUGUUCCUGCGUUUUCGGGUCUUUAUGCACCGUACUGGGAGCCCAGUGCGAGAGGGAUCAUUUGUGGGUUAACUCAGUUUACAAACAAGAGUCAUCUUGCGUUCGCUGCCCUGGAAGCUGUUUGUUUCCAGACACGAGAGAUCCUGGACGCCAUGAACCAGGACAGCGGCAUCCCGCUGACUCAGCUCCAGGUGGACGGAGGAAUGACGUCCAACAGGCUGCUGAUGCAGCUGCAGGCGGACAUUCUCUGCAUCCCUGUCGUGAAGCCGUCCAUGCCUGAGACCACGGCUCUGGGUGCAGCGAUGGCAGCGGGGGCAGCGGAAGGCGUGAGCGUCUGGAGUCUGAACCCAGAGGACCUGAGCGAAGUCACGUCGGAGAAGUUCGAGCCUCAGAUCAACCCUGAAGAAAGUGAGUUCCGGUACGCUCGAUGGAAGAAGGCGGUGCAGAAGUCCAUGAACUGGGAGACGACGGAGCCGGUCGGUAAUGGAAACGGUGAAACGAGCAUCUUCAGCAGCGCCCCGCUGGGCUUCUACAUCAUGGGCAGCAUGCUGAUGUUAGUCGGUGCACGAUACCUGGCAGGCCACGACUAGGCUGCGACUCCCCGGAGGCAUUGAAGUAAAGAGGAAAGUGGAACAAACGCUCUUCACGCCGGACCACCACUUCAGGAAGUCGCUCCUGCUGAGUCCGACAGGAAAACCAGGACGCGUCUGAACUGACAAACGGGACUUUUUCUUUUAUUAUUUCCUCCCUUUUUUUAUUUUAAAGCAUUUUCUUUGCAGAGGACACAUCGGUACGUUAGAAUCUUGAGCGCGCAUGCAGUGUAUUUUUUUUUUUUUUUACGAUCUUGAUAUGAAUUUCUGAGCUUCACUGUGUAGAAACUUAAUGUUCACUGUCUAAUUUCCGUUACGUGUCGUUUGUCACUUCACUGUCACCCCUUGAACAGUCGUCUGACAGCCACUUUGUGAUGUUUUGUCGUUCGAGACCCUCCACUAUGAGCUACAGAGGUAUUUUUUAGUGCACUUUAAAUAUUUUUUUGGUUUUGUCCUAUGGGAACUAACAGAGUCUAAUAUUUAUUUUUUCAGCAGUCUGGAUUGAGGCACAGGAAGCUCAAGUUAGAUUGUACUGAAGUGAAAACAAGGGAUGGAAGGGAGGAGAGUUGAUGAAGUGAUGAAGUCGAGUGUACAUACUUUCGUAAAAAUGUGGCGAAGAUGAAUCGGGAGGUUUUUGUAUCUUCAUGCAGAAGUUUAUGGAGAUGUAGAAGUGAAUUUGAAACGUUGAAAUAACAAAACUUCCACAGCUGAAAACACCUUGAAGGGACAAAAAAAUGAGCAGUAAUUUAUUUUGGAGAUCGAAAUGUUUGACAAUGAAAAGAUGAUGAAAAUGGCAGAAAACUAAUGUAAGAAGCGACACAUAUCUGUUAGAUAAACUGCCUGUUUUUUUUUAUCUGCCUGGAUGCAUCAAAAAGUUACAUGACCUUCCUCGGCAUGAAGAACUUCUGUCAAAUUAUGCAAAAAUCUUCAUUAUCGCACUUAAACGUCCGAGUGGAGUUUUAUUUCUUUGAUUUAAUUUAUUUAAAUUACUGUCUAAUCCAGAGGGAGCUUUGUAAAACAAAAGAUACAAAUUUAAUUGUAAGCUGCUGUAUUUUUAAACCUGGGCUCUGUGUUUACAUGUGCUGCUGUGUAAAUAACUAAAAACAGGUACAAAAAUAGUUGGAAGCAUCCAGUGAAUCGAGUUUUGUGUUUUUUCACACGUUGCUUAAAUUGCUGUUUUUGCAAAUGGAGUCUGGUGGAUUUGGCGAGAAAUAAAGGAUUUACAUGCGGCUGCCGGCUGAGACGAUCUACUGGACCAAUUCCAGAACUUUUUGUAUUUAUUAUGUACACAUACAGCCCAGGUACAAACAUACCUGCAUUCCCCUUCAACCUGCAAGACACAGAAAAUAGUAAACAUUUGUGGAACUGUCUGUCUGUGUGGAGCUGAGACAAAAAAAAGAAAGCCAGUGUUUCCAUGUGGAUACAUUUGUGAUGGGUUGGUGUUUGUUUGUCAAAGGUUGAAUGAUAGAUAGACAAAUAUUAUGAGACUAAAAACAAGUCAAAGUAGAGAAAUAAACUGAAUUAUCAGGGCAAACAGCGCCACCAGUUCUCACGUCGGACCUCUAACUGUGACAUCGUUUCUUGUUGAAGAGUGAAAAUGUGUCUCGACUCCUUCGUUCUCUCUCUGCACGUCAUUCUGUAGAAAAAGUGUACAAUCAUGUUCAGCUCCUUCAGUCAUUACAGGGACAUUUAACCCUAAAUGUGAUGCUCCACGUGUGCUGACUUUGUGAAGAGGAACUAGUGUAGCUGGAAAUGUGAAGGGUUUGAAACAAAUGUUGUCACCUCUGAUGUAUAGAAACGGGUCUUAAUGGAGAAUUAAUGUCAUCAGUAAUAAACUCAUUUGGCUCUGAA